AUGUCCCCCACAAUUCCAGGUAUCCGCUCGCCUUCAUCUGCUAAACGUUGUGGUUCUGGUUCUAUAGCUUGCCUGAAGCCUCAAUGCAAUGGCCUGGGCCGGCCGGCCCUUUAUUUGAUCUACAGCACAGGACGUUUUCCCCUUCCGGCCCACGAGCCCAACAAGGCCGCCAUUUCCUUGUGGCGCGCGGCCGCCUCCCGCCUUCUCCUCCGCCGUCGCUCCCCGUCCUACGCACCUCUCCUCCUCCACACGCGCCCCUUCUCCCCGCCCCAGGCCGAGGUCACCCCCGCCGAGGCGCGGCGGCUCGUGCGCCUCCUCGCCCUCGAGGCGCUCAAGCGCCGCCUGUGGGACGGCCCGGAGGAGGUCGUGGGCUACGCCGACCUCCUCGACGCCGGCGCGGCGCGCACCCACGCCGAUGCCGAGGCGCUCGCGCGGGCCAUGGAUGACGCCGGCGUCGUCCUGCUCUUCAGGGACAAGGCCUACCUCCACCCCGACAAGGUGGUGGACCUGGUUAGAAGAGCUGUGCCACUCGCGCUCGGACCUGAGAAUGACCCGAGAAAAGAGGAGUUCAAGCAGCUCCAGGAAAAGAAGGGAGAGAUUGACAAGUUGGCGCACAAGCAAGUACGGUGUAUCCUGUGGUCUGGCUUAGGGUUCUUCAUGUGCCAAGUAGGGCUCUUCUUCCGUCUCACAUUCUGGGAAUUCUCAUGGGAUGUAAUGGAGCCGAUCGCCUUCUUCACCACUGCUUCUGGCCUCCUUGUUGGCUACGCCUAUUUCCUCGUCACCUCAAGGGACCCGACGUAUCAGGACUUUAUGGAGAGACUGUUUUUGUCGAGGCAGAGAAAGCUUUGUGCCGGACAGAAGUUUGAUAUGGAGAGGUAUCUGGAGUUGCAGAAGCACUGUAGGUGCCCUCUGGAAGGCCAUCACCCUCAUGGUCCUAAGCUUCAUGGCUUGUGACAGCCAAGGAACUAUAGUUUCUCCUCUGUUACCUGAUGCUUCACUGUGCAUUCUCUAGGUUGUAGUUGUAGCCUUCAUCUGAGACUAUAGUUCGAGAUAGCAACGUGGUCCUGAUAGAAUGCCUGGAUCAUAUAUAAGAGUUACCCUUUAGCUACAUAUCAAGGGUGAAUGGUGAACCAAACUGAAUGUUCAGACCUUGCAAAUAUAUCCUGUGUGUUUUGACAGAAUGUUUCGAGGACCCUAACGUUCUGAGCUGUGCCGGUAUAUGUUGCAGGCAUAGCCACCAAGAAAACAAGAUGACAGUUAUGCAAAUAUCAAAGAAUAUAUUUUU